AUGAUAUCAAUAUUAAAUUUAUUAUUACUUAUUGUUUUUAUUUAUUUAAUAAAAUCUAAUUACAAAAAAUAUAUCAAGUUUACAAAUAAUGAUCUCAAAGGACCAUUUCCAUUACCAAUAAUUGGAAAUUUACAUAAUUUAGGUGAAAAGCCACAUAUAACUUGUGAACAAUUAGUUAAAAAGUAUGGGAAAAUAUAUAGAUUAUAUUUUGGCGAUUGUUAUACAGUUGUGGUUAGUGAUAUUGAUAUUAUAAAAGAGUUAUUUUUAAAUAAUCAUGAAUCAUUAAAAGAAAGACCAUUAACACCAUCAUUUAAACAUUGCAGUGAUGAUGAACAUGGAAUAUUAUUAUCAAGCAAAAGAUGGGAUAGAAACAGAGAGAUGCUUCAAAAAGUAAUGAAAAAAAUCAAUAUUAAAGAAUUAUAUAAAAUGAUAUAUGAUCAAGUUGAGGAUAUGGUGUUAUCAUUCAAAUCAUUUGAAAAUUCAGGGGAGGCUCUACCUGUGCGUUUAGUUGCAACUCGUUUUACAUUAUCAACAAUGUUUAAAUAUAUUUUUAAUGAAAAGGUUUCAUACAAUGAAGAUAUCAAUACAGGAGUAGUCUCAAUGUUUGCAGAAUGGUUAGAAUUUGUUUUUGAUAUGGUUGGGGUGGGUCAUGUUGGCGAUUAUAUAGAAAUCUUAAAACCAUUUUAUUCAUUAUAUUUAAAACAAUUUGAACACUACGUCCCAAUAGGAAGGGAUUUUGUGUAUCAAAGAUACAUUAAGCAUGUUAAAAAAUUAGAGAGCCUUAAUGAAGAGUCAAAUUGUUUAUUGGAUUUAUUAAUAAGAGAAUAUAAUACAGACGAUAGUGAAGAUGCAAGGGACAUUGUUGCAAACUGUUUAGAUAUGUUAGUUGCAGGAACAGAUACACCAUCUAAAACAUUGGAAUGGACAAUUUUAAACUUGGUAAAUCAUCAAGAUAUACAAGAAAAUGUUUAUCAAGAGAUAAAAAGGGUAGUUGGUGAUAGAGAUAAAGUAAAACUAGGUGAUCGCCCUUCAACUCCAUAUUUUAACUCUGUUUGCAAAGAAGUGAUAAGAAUUCAUUCAAUAGUUCCUUUCGGGGUUCCAAGGAUUAUAAAUAAGGAUCUAAUGCUAAAAGGUUUUUAUAUCCCAAAAGGAAGCCAGGUGGUGAUAAACUAUAGAGCACUAAAUCAUGAUAAAAAAUAUUUCCAAAAUCCUGAAGAUUUUGACCCACAACGUUUUAUUGAUGGUGAUAGUGCUGCAUAUUUGCCAUUUUCAUUGGGAAAGCGUAAUUGUAUUGGCCGUGAAUUGGCAUCCUCUAUUAUUUAUCUCUUUCUCUCAAAUUUAUUAUUAAAUUAUAAAAUUUCAUCUAUUGAUAAUAAACCAUUGGAGAUAAAUGAAAAUUUUGGUAUAAAUAUUAAGCCUAAUAGUUUUAAAAUUGUUUUAAAUAAAAGAUAG